AUGGCAGCAAACGACGGCUUUAUCGGGGCUGUGCUGAUGCCUCUCUCAAUGAUGGAAAUUUUACACAACGGCAAAUGGUUGGUGCAACGUCAUUGGUGUCUGCUCGUUAUUUCUCUAAACAUGAUCUUCUGCACUGUCUCCAUCUACCACGUCCUGAGUCUAGCACUAGACCGUUACCUUGCUGUUUGUCGACCCCUUCUUUACAGGAUCCUGUCGAUUAGGGUUAGGGUUGCUGUCAUCUGCUGUUGUUGGCUUGUCCCAAUCCUCUCCUAUACCAUCGCCAUUAGUGUUGAUGUGUUUUCUACAGUUAGACAACCGUCUGGCCAAUGCCAUAUUUGCUACACCUCCUUUAGUGUACGCUUCUAUACAGUGGCGGUAGUUGUUGCCUUUUACAUCCCUUUCAUUGUCAUCCUCAUUCUGUACAUCAUCAUCUUCCAUAAAAUUCGACAAGUGACUAACUACCAAGAAAGAAAGAGAUUGAAUAUAAAGAAACAAAUCUCUUUUCACUUUUCUCUUAGUAAAUGUUUACACAGGACCAGUUGUGAAGCUAACUCGAAGAUCUCGGAAACUGGCAGAAAAAUUUCUUGUGUUGAGGUCACGUGUAGGACACACAAUGAAGCGAAACAUCUACCAACAGAUCCACCCAAAGAACCACCAACACAAGUGCGUCUUAUGUCGGGUUCACCCAGAAAAUCCUCCAAGGCUUGCCGCACCAUUGGGAUGGUCAUUGUUUGUUUCACAUUGUGCUGGCUGCCCUUUAUCAUUUACCUGCCUGUCAAGGGAAACCAAAACCUGGACAUUCCAUUGUGGGUCAGUAUUGUCACCUGUUGGCUCGCCUACCUCAACUCCACCAUUAAUCCAUUUCUGUUUUACACCAACAGAAGCGUGCAGGAUGCCAUCAAGCUACUUCUGUGUGCUAAAAAUUAA